GCCGCCAGAUGGCGGUUUAGGAUUGCGGCUCUACUGAGGUGCGGCCCCCGGCACAGCCGCCUGUUCGUUCCGGCCCGGCUUGGCCCCGGCCCGCCUAGACCCUUCUCCCGUGGCACCGUAGGAUUCCCGGGGGCGCUGGCCCAGCGGAGGCUGGACGGAGAUUGCUUGGAAAAUAGUUACAAGAACAUUGGCUGAUAAAGACACCACUACAAGAUACUCUUGUGUUUCUGUUAGCAGUCCUUAGUGUGCUAAACAAUGAUUACUUCAGAGUUACCGGUGUUACAGGAUUCUACAAAUGAAACUACUGCACAUUCAGAUGCUGGUAGUGAACUUGAAGAAACUGAACUGAAGGGGAAAAGAAAACGUGGUCGUCCUGGCAGACCUCCAUCUGCUAAUAAGAAGCCUCGAAAGACUCCAGCAGAGAAGUUUCGUUCAGAACCUGGAAUUAGAGGAACAGGUCGAGGAAGAGCUAAUGGUCACCCUCAGCAGAAUGGAGAGGGAGAUCCUGUCACUUUGUUUGAGGUGGUGAAGAUGGGCAAAAGUGCUAUGCAGGCUGUGGUGGAUGACUGGAUUGAAUCAUAUAAACAAGACAGGGACAUAGCACUUCUGGAUUUAAUCAACUUUUUUAUUCAGUGUUCAGGAUGCCGAGGCACUGUACGAAUUGAAAUGUUUAGAAACAUGCAAAAUGCGGAAAUCAUCAGGAAAAUGACUGAAGAAUUUGAUGAGGAUAGUGGCGAUUACCCACUCACCAUGCCUGGGCCACAGUGGAAAAAAUUUCGAUCAAACUUUUGUGAAUUCAUAGGCGUUCUAAUACGACAGUGUCAAUACAGCAUCAUUUAUGAUGAAUAUAUGAUGGACACCGUGAUCUCACUUCUGACUGGAUUGUCAGAUUCGCAGGUCCGGGCUUUCAGGCAUACCAGUACACUUGCUGCUAUGAAGCUUAUGACUGCUCUUGUGAAUGUUGCCUUAAACCUGAGUAUUCAUCAGGAUAAUACACAGAGGCAGUAUGAAGCUGAGAGGAACAAAAUGAUUGGUAAAAGAGCCAAUGAAAGACUGGAGCUGCUCCUUCAGAAACGGAAAGAGUUACAAGAAAAUCAAGAUGAAAUUGAAAAUAUGAUGAAUUCUAUUUUCAAGGGUAUAUUUGUCCAUAGAUAUCGUGAUGCUAUAGCAGAGAUUAGAGCUGUUUGUAUUGAAGAAAUCGGAGUAUGGAUGAAAAUGUACAGUGAUGCCUUCCUGAAUGAUAGUUAUUUAAAGUAUGUUGGUUGGACACUUCAUGAUAGACAAGGUGAAGUGAGAUUGAAGUGUCUAAAAGCUUUGCAGAGUUUGUACACCAACAGAGAGUUGUUUCCCAAGCUGGAGCUAUUUACGAAUAGAUUUAAGGAUCGCAUUGUAUCAAUGACGCUUGAUAAGGAAUAUGAUGUUGCUGUAGAAGCCAUUCGAUUAGUCACACUAAUACUUCAUGGAAGUGAAGAAGCUCUGUCGAAUGAAGACUGUGAGAAUGUUUAUCAUUUGGUAUAUUCUGCACAUCGACCUGUUGCAGUAGCAGCUGGGGAGUUCCUUCACAAAAAACUGUUUAGCCGGCAUGACCCUCAGGCAGAAGAAGCACUAGCCAAGAGGAGAGGACGUAACAGCCCUAAUGGGAAUCUUAUUAGAAUGCUGGUUCUUUUCUUUCUUGAAAGUGAGUUGCAUGAACAUGCAGCUUACUUGGUGGACAGUUUAUGGGAAAGUUCUCAAGAACUGUUAAAAGACUGGGAAUGCAUGACAGAAUUGCUGCUGGAAGAACCUGUUCAAGGAGAAGAAGCAGUGUCUGAUCGGCAGGAAAGUGCACUUAUAGAGCUGAUGGUAUGUACAAUUCGGCAAGCAGCAGAAGCACAUCCUCCAGUAGGCAGAGGUACUGGGAAGAGAGUUUUAACUGCAAAAGAAAGGAAAACUCAGAUAGAUGACCGAAACAAGUUAACAGAACACUUCAUUAUUGCACUUCCCAUGCUACUGUCAAAGUAUUCUGCUGAUGCAGAGAAGGUGGCAAAUCUCCUUCAAAUCCCUCAGUAUUUUGACUUGGAAAUCUACAGUACGGGAAGAAUGGAAAAGCAUUUGGAUGCCUUGUUGAAACAGAUUAAAUUUGUUGUAGAAAAACAUGUAGAAUCGGAUGUUCUUGAAGCCUGCAGCAAAACAUACAGCAUUCUCUGCAGUGAAGAAUAUACUAUUCAAAACAGAGUUGAUGUAGCUCAUAGCCAGCUCAUUGAUGAAUUUGUGGACAGAUUCAACCAUUCUGUAGAGGAUCUCUUAAAUGAGGGAGAAGAAGCUGAUGAUGAUGACAUAUACAAUGUUCUUUCCACUUUAAAGAGAUUAACAUCUUUUCACAAUGCUCAUGACCUUACAAAAUGGGAUUUGUUUAGUAACUGCUACAGAUUACUGAGGACAGGAAUUGAACAUGGAGCUAUGCCAGAACAGAUAGUAGUUCAGGCUCUUCAGUGUUCCCACUAUUCUAUUCUUUGGCAGCUGGUGAAGAUCACAGAAGGAUCACCUUCAAAAGAAGAUUUGUUAGUGCUGAGGAAAACUGUGAAAUCAUUUCUAGCUGUCUGCCAACAGUGUCUGUCAAAUGUCAAUACUCCAGUCAAAGAACAGGCAUUCAUGCUCCUCUGUGAUCUCUUGAUGAUCUUUAGCCACCAGCUGAUGAGUGGAGGUAGGGAGGGUCUCCAGCCUUUGGUGUUUAAUCCAGAUUCAGGCCUCCAGUCUGAACUCCUUAGCUUUGUGAUGGACCAUGUUUUCAUUGAUCAGGAUGAUGAGAAUCAGAGCAUGGAGGGAGAUGAAGAGGAUGAAGCUAAUAAAAUUGAAGCUCUGCACAAGAGAAGAAACCUUUUGGCGGCCUUUAGUAAGCUUAUAAUUUAUGACAUUGUAGAUAUGCAUGCAGCAGCUGAUAUCUUCAAACAUUAUAUGAAGUACUACAAUGACUACGGAGAUAUAAUUAAGGAGACGUUGAGUAAAACAAGACAAAUUGAUAAAAUUCAGUGUGCAAAAACCCUCAUCCUCAGUUUGCAGCAGCUGUUUAAUGAGCUUGUUCAAGAACAAGGUCCCAACCUGGACAGAACAUCUGCGCACGUCAGUGGUAUUAAGGAGUUGGCCCGAAGGUUUGCUCUCACUUUUGGCCUCGAUCAAAUCAAAACAAGAGAAGCUGUGGCUACAUUACACAAGGAUGGCAUAGAAUUUGCCUUUAAAUAUCAGAAUCAAAAAGGUCAAGAAUAUCCACCGCCUAACCUUGCUUUCUUGGAAGUGCUUAGUGAAUUUUCCUCUAAACUUCUGCGGCAGGACAAAAAGACCGUUCAUACUUACUUGGAGAAGUUCCUAACAGAACAGAUGAUGGAAAGGAGGGAAGAUGUAUGGCUUCCAUUGAUUUCCUACAGAAACUCAUUAGUUACAGGUGGUGAGGAUGAUAGGAUGUCUGUGAAUAGUGGAAGCAGCAGCAGCAAAGCUUCUUCUGUAAGAAAUAAGAAAGGCCGGCCUCCACUUCACAAGAAAAGGGUUGAGGAUGAGAAUCUUGAGGGCUCCUGGCUGAAUAGGAACGACAGCAUUCAAACUCCAGGUGCUCUACAGGCGCCACAGCUCACAUCAACAGUGCUAAGAGAGAAUACUCGACAAAUUGGAGAGCAAAUUCAAGAGCAUGAGUCAGAACCUGGAGCUGAACAAGAUUUCUUACACAACCCUCAGAUGCAGAUAUCUUGGUUGGGCCAACAAAAACUAGAAGACUUAAGUCGAAAGGACAGAACGGGAAUGAACUACAUGAAAGGAAGAAGUGGUGUAAGGCAUGCAGUGCGGGGUCUAAUGGAGGAUGAUGCUGAACCUAUCUUUGAAGAUGUAAUGAUGUCUUCACGAGGUCAGUUAGAGGACAUGAAUGAAGAAUUUGAGGACACGAUGGUCAUUGAUCUGCCACCUUCAAGGAACCGACGAGAACGAGCUGAAUUGAGGCCAGAUUUCUUUGACUCAGCAGCUAUCAUUGAAGAUGAUUCGGGAUUUGGAAUGCCAAUGUUCUGAAGUCUGGUGAAGACAUUAUUCAAAUGUGGAACUCUGUUCUUUAGAGCUCAAGGCCUAUAUACUGUGAUAGCUUAUAUGAAAAACCACAUUUUUGAUGUGAUUUGGUUUGAUUUUUAACCAAAUGAUUAAGGUCAUUUCCUUUUUGUAAUGAGAGAAGAGGAACUUCUUAAUGAAACAAGGAAUAUUGGCCAAUCAGUCACUUCAGAAAGG